AUGGUGUCUUCGCAUAUCCUCCCUUCGUUAUCUUCCCUCCACUACCCGAAAUUCACUCUCAAUUCCACGAGUUCAUCACACACGCUAGCUUUCAACAAUACCUGUUAUAAACCCAUCAUAAAACCCCCCAAAUUUCUAGGCUUUAGUAACCCUCCAAACCAUAGAACUCACUUUCGCAAGCUAAUUUGCCAUGGAAUUAAAGACCCAGCCAAGGAAUUGAAGGUGGAUUUGGAUUUAGACGGUGGAGAUGGCGGUGGUGGUGGAGACGGCGGAGGAGACGGAGGAGAUGAGAAUGAAGAGAAGAAAGUUUCUCUUGCGUUUCGAUCGUUUAUAGCUGAGCCCAGAUUCAUUCCUUCAUUAUCUAUGUAUCCCACAUUUGAUGUAGGAGAUAGAAUCGUCGCUGAAAAGGUUAGCUACUAUUUUAGAAAGCCAUGCCCAAAUGAUAUUGUGAUCUUUAAAAGCCCUCCAGUCCUUCAAGAGGUUGGAUAUACGGAUGAUGAUGUGUUCAUUAAACGAGUUGUUGCAAAGGCAGGAGAUUUGGUUGAGGUACACAAUGGGAAGCUAAUAGUAAACGGGGUACCCAGAAAUGAAGACUUCACUCUUGAAGCACCCAAAUAUGAAAUGAAUCAAAUUCGUGUACCCGAGAAUUAUGUUUUUGUGAUGGGUGACAAUCGUAAUAACAGCUAUGAUUCACAUGUGUGGGGACCACUACCUUCAAAAAACAUAAUUGGGAGAUCAGUAUUGCGGUAUUGGCCGCCAGCGAGGAUAGGCGGCACAAUCCUACCUGGCGGCUGUGCCACUGACAAGCCGGAGAAUAUCAUCAGCACUACUAGUACUAGUUUACAACCACCUCAACAAGAUUCUUCCACUUCUUUAGCGUCUCAAUAGGCAUUUCAUGGUGACUUUUGAUUCUCAACAGCUUCUUCAUCAUGUUUAUUUGCUACAAAUGAUGUUAAAGACUUAAAAAUUGUUAUAUUAUGAAAUAUAUUAGCUUCUGAACACCAAUACGACAAUGAGACUACAAAGGAGUAUCAUUUUUUUUAACAAGUAGGAAACCACAGUAGGAGAAAAAAACAUCUGUUGAUUAAAAGAAAGGAUCCUCUAAUCUUAACACAUGUCAAAGUAAAAGUGUUGGGAUUGGAAAACAUGUCAAAAUAGGAUUGUUAGAGUAGGAAAACAUUGUAAGUAUACCCGAUGUUUACUCUUUGAAUAAUGGAGAUUAUCUAAAACUCAAAGUCACACCUCCUAAAUAGUUUUCAAACCAAAAGAUACAAAUAUUGUUGGGAAAGAAGCUUAAAACAAAAAAUAAGAC